GAGAAUCACUCGGAGAGAGCGAGAGAGAGAGAAGGGUAAGGAGAUUUUGGAGCAUUUCUCACUCAGUUUCGUCUCCAGCUGCCCUUUUUCAUGAACGUGUAUUUGGAUGCAUAUGUAAAUGUAUAUGUGCAUGGACGGGCUCCUCUGUCUGAGGUAGUGGGACUCUUGGGUUCCUCAGUUGGACAAACUCCACUUUUCCUAUUCGGAGGUCAUUCCUUCACUCUGAUUGGUGUUAUCUUUGCUACCAUCCAAAGACUAAGAGCAUGCAUGUUUGUGUGUGAUUUGUGGUUUUCGGGGAAGCCUCUCUCACUGUGGUCAAGCUCCAGUAUUUUAGACUUUCACACCUGGAAAGGACAUCUGGCUGCCAGCUUUGAGGCAACAUUCAUACCUCCACGUGGAUCUACCUGCCUUUUUUUGGGAUUCUACCAAUUUACCAUCUUGCCUUUUGGAUUUCUUGUGUUCCAGCUCUUUUCUUUUGCGCUUUGACUCUGAACUUAACUUCUAAGGCACGCUGAGGCUUGAAGGAGCUGAGCAGGAGCUUUCUUCCUAAACUUUUGCGUCAGAGAAGAGAAGUUCUGGUAAGAGGAUGCUGCAGGGAGUCAGAGUGAGGCUGAUCCCCACCUGAAGCCCCUCCCCCCUUCCCCACCACUGCCUGGCCCUCUGCCCCCCACCGCCCCAGGAUGCACUGCCCGUGCCGAGGGAAGCUGAAGCUGCUGCUGGCAUCUCUGAGCUUCAUUGUUCUGCUCACCUGGCUCUACCUGCUUGCGGGCAACCUGGAGAACGGGCGCUCCCUACUCCUCUCGCCUUGCGUGGUGGAGUCCACUGAGGCUCGUCUGUUGGAACGGGACGUCCUGGAGUCGCGGGUCCGAGAGGUGGAGGAGGAGAACCGGCAGAUCCGCCUUCAACUCAGCCAAUCACAGAGCCUGGCGGCUCAGCCUGCCGAGGGUAACUAUGGCAACCAGCAGUGGGUGGCGUCAGCAGACACGGGUCCAGAGGAUGUGGAGAAUACUGCAGAGGAGCGAGCCAAUCACAGCGAGUGUGCACGGUCACCCACCGCAGAGAAGUGUGAGCUGAUUCAUGUUGCAUGUGUGUGUGCGGGUCACAACGCCAGCCGAGACGUGGUCACCCUGGUCAAAUCCAUCCUGUUUCACAGGAGAAACCCACUGCAUUUUCACUUCAUCACUGACACGGUGGCCAAUCAGAUCCUCAGCACUUUGUUCCAGUCGUGGAUGGUGCCCUCGGUGCAGGUCAGCUUUUACGACGCUGAUGAACUGAAGUCGGAGGUGUCAUGGAUACCCAAUAAACACUAUUCAGGAAUUUAUGGCCUGAUGAAGCUCACCCUAACCAAAGCUCUGCCAUCUGACCUCUCCAAGGUCAUUGUGUUAGAUACAGACAUUACCUUUGCCACUGACAUCGCAGAGCUAUGGGCCAUCUUCAAGAAGUUCACAGAGAAACAGGUGAUUGGGCUGGUGGAGAACCAGAGCGACUGGUACCUGGGCAAUCUCUGGAAGAACCACAAACCCUGGCCUGCUCUGGGACGUGGCUUCAACACAGGGGUGAUACUGCUGUAUCUGGAGAGGCUGCGCAGAAUCGGCUGGGAGCAGAUGUGGAGGCUGACGGCUGAAAAGGAGCUAAUGAGCAUGCUCUCCACCUCCCUUGCUGACCAGGAUAUAUUCAAUGCUUUCAUCAAGCAGAACCCCGUGCUGGUGCACCAGCUGCCCUGCUUCUGGAAUGUUCAGCUAUCAGACCACACUCGCUCUGAACAGUGCUACACUGAAGUGUCUGACCUUAAGGUGAUUCACUGGAACUCCCCUAAAAAGCUGAGGGUAAAAAACAAGCAUGUGGAAUUUUUCCGGAAUCUUUACUUGACUUUCCUGGAAUAUGAUGGGAAUCUUCUCCGACGGGAACUUUUCGGGUGUCCGAGUCAGGCCAGCUCUGAAAGCACAAAGCUUCAGAAUGCAUUAGAGGAGCUGGAUGAGGAUGAUCAGUGCUAUGAUUUCCGGCGGGAGCGGAUCAUGGUGCACCGUGUUCACUUGUAUUUCCUGCAGUAUGAAUACACGUCCACUGAGGAUGACACGGACAUCACGCUGGUGGCCCAGCUGUCCAUGGAUAGGCUGCAGAUGCUGGAGGCCAUCUGUAAACACUGGGAGGGACCCAUAAGCCUGGCUCUCUAUAUGUCUGAUGCUGAAGCCCAGCAAUUUCUGCGCUAUGCCCAGGCCUCAGAGGUUCUCAAAAACCGCAAGAACGUGGGCUACCACAUCGUCUACAAAGAGGGACAGUUCUACCCCGUUAAUCUGGUCCGCAACGUGGCUCUCCAUAAUGCCAAAACACCUUACGUCUUUCUGACCGACAUAGACUUCCUCCCUAUGUAUGGGCUAUAUGAUUACCUCAGAAAAUCCAUCGUCCAUUUGGACAUGGCUAACACCAAAAAAGCUCUGGUGGUGCCAGCUUUCGAGACCCUGAGAUACCGUCUCUCUUUUCCUAAAUCCAAAGCUGAAUUGCUGUCCAUGCUAGACAUGGGGACUCUCUACACCUUCAGGUACCAUGUUUGGACCAAGGGUCAUGCACCAACCAAUUAUGCCAAAUGGAGGACGGCCACUACACCCUAUAAAGUGGAAUGGGAGGCAGACUUCGAGCCCUAUGUGGUGGUCAGACGGGACUGUCCCGAGUAUGACCAGAGAUUUGUAGGCUUUGGCUGGAACAAAGUCUCCCAUAUCAUGGAGCUUGAUGCACAGGAGUAUGACCUGAUUGUGUUGCCGAACGCCUUCAUGAUCCACAUGCCCCACGCGCCUAGCUUUGACAUUUCAAAGUUUCGCUCCAGUCCCGGUUACCGGUACUGCUUGACGACACUUAAAGACGAGUUCCAUCAAGAUCUUUCUCGGAAGUAUGGUUCAGCUGCUCUCAAGUACCUCACUGCCCAGAGGAACAUUUAAUCUCAGCCCUUCAUGUUCGUUAACAGGAGUUAACAUUUUUGAGUUUCUGGAGGCCUUCCGGCCACAUGCUGCUCUGAGACAGGUCGAUGUGUCCAAGAUGUCCGAGGCUACUAAAUUGCUCUUUCACAAACAUCUGUAUUUGUACCGAAUCUGCAGAGUGCGGGUCAGAAGACUGGAGCUUUAACCCUUGUUUCUGAACACAGCUGUUACAAGCAAGACACAAAACAGUGACGUCAGCACUAUCCCAAUGUCAAAAGACUGGAGUGUAACACAAAGGAUAGCUAAUACUUGACCAAACAUUUCAACUGCUGCUUAGCAGGCCCUAAAUGAAGCCUACUGUAUGUGUGAAGUUGAAGGUCUGGACACUUGCUUAAAAGCAACAAGACAAAGAUUAUGAUCAAGGUUCUUUUUUUUUCGACAAUCAGGGCUUUUUCUUCACAUGGCAUUUGGUAGCUUUUGCUCUUGGAAGCAGGUGGGUUGAGUGAGCUGUGCUGAAGAAACAAGCUUUGCGAAGCCUCUUCUGUUAGACCAGAGGCUGAAGAGGUCGAGACGACUAGAGGAACAAAUUGAAGCCUUAUCAUUUCCUCAAAUAUUUAAGAUAUUUAUGAUUUUUCUUUCCUUUUUAAAGAAUAUGGUAAAUUAAUUAUGGACAUGUAUGUCUUGAUUAUGAAACUGAACUGAAAAACAAAACAAAAUCACAUUAUUUUUUAAUUUCCAUAAACGGAGUACCUUAGGUGACAGAGAGAGUGAAUGCUUGACAGAGACGCAUACCUUGUAAUGUGGGGACGCUACAGAAAACCAUGUAGGGCAUAUUUUCCGUUAGGCAUGAUGGGUUGUCUGGUUGCUGCAUUUAUGACUGUCACUUGACAAAGUUGCCACAUAUUAUGGCAUGCUUAUUCCAUAUCCGGCAUCAUAGUGUUUAGAAAAUUCAUAUCUCAGCAGCUUUCAUCUCAAACUCACUCUGAUCACUCAACUGUACAUUUCAAGAAAUGUUUAUUUGAAAGAGAAUAAUAUCUACUAUUAUGAUCAUUACAGUUAGAGAUUGUUAUUAGGGACCAUCAAAGGGACAGCUGUUUUGCUCUCUUUUGGAAGUAAAUGUUGAUUUUAGACUGUGUUAUUCACUAUUGGUCAAUACUGAUAAACUACUGUACCUGUCAAUCUGUAUUACAACCACACUGCACUAAGAAAGGAUUUAUAAGUAUAUCAAAAAGUCUACUACACUGUACACAAAUCUACAAAUACUGUGCAAUACCCACCAAAAUGGUUUAAAUUGAUGUAUCCAUUCCAUGCCCACAAAUGCUUUCCAUUUGUUUCAUUUGCUUCAUAAAGUUGCUAGCUUUAUAGAACAUUGACAAACAUUCCUUUCAAUCUAAUAUUUUAUCUUGGAAUUCAGAUUUGCUAUAUAAGAAAGAUUGUCCAGAUUAAAGUGCCCUGAUUUGUUGUAGCUAAUCCAAACUAGGCAUAUUGGAAGCAACAACAAGGAAUUUGCCACCAAGCUAAUGUCAGCUCUAUUACACGACCAAAAAGCUACACCUGAUAUAUUCCUACAGUUACUACGUUUACAUGCACACCAAUGGUUAGAUAUUAGUCUAACUGAGGCGCCUAGUCUAAAUAAGCUAUGAUGAUGUAAACUGAUUUGUUUGUUACGGCAGCACUAGUCAUCCUAGGCUUAGCCUGAUAAAAUGUGCUCAAGGCUGAUAUAUUGGCCGCGCUGUUUAAGAUAGAUGUGUAUAUCGCUCCACUGAUCCACCAAGAGAGGCAAAAUGUCAGUAUUUAUAGAGGAAGAAAGAGACAUCACCCUGUUUUCCACUUAACGCAGACAUAGUUGAUCAGCUAAGGCAAGUUUGGUGUCCAUUCCUUUAGUUUAGCAUUGAAACUAUGAGGCUGAUGUUGCUAACAAACACUAGAAGUAAGUACACACCCAAAACGUUCCCGUAAAUACAUUUCCAAAACUUUCCUCAACCUACUCAAACCUUAUCCAAGGCUUCAAGGUCAUGCAGACUUGUCAACGUGGUUUUGGACACAGUAUAACGUGCUGUAGGUAUAAAAAUAAACAAAAUAAAUGAACUACUUUACAUAACAUGUUGGUUCUAUUUACAAAGCCCUGCAUUGACCUGGGGGGUAUUUCACAAAGCAAGAUUUCUUAGCCAGAUAAUUUAAGCCCAAAGAUGAGGACUGUCCAAUAGGAAUGUCCCUCUGCUCUUUUCCUAUUGGACAAGCUUGACUUUGGGCUUAAGUUAUCUGGCUAACUGAGAAAUCCUGCUUUGUGAAAUACUCAUCUGGUCACCAGACAAAACAGCAUGUGUUGUGUUUUAGAUGCUGGUAUGCUGGAUAACUAGAAUAAGAUCGAAUUGUUCAUAAAUAGAGACAAUGAUAUAGCAUCCAUGUGCCUGUGUGACAUGCCACAACCGCUGUAUUCAGCUACAUAGUGAAGUUUUGUUCAUACUGUGCCCUAAAGCACAUCAACAAUCUGUGCAACCUAAAUGAGGAGGAUGUCAGAGUGAGUUAAGAGAAGUUUUGGGGAUGUUUUCACGGAAAAGAUUUGGGUGACUAUUGACUUCUCUAGUGUUUUUUAGCAACAUUAGCCUUGUAGCACUAGUGGGACAAUUUGAACUAUCUCGGCUGAUCCGCUACAUCUGGUGUAAAGUUUUGUAGAUUAGAUUUUAUUUAUUCAUCUAAACAUUUAGUCAAAAGUAGACAUUACAUUUGAAAAUGGAAAAAGUACCUUAAAAUGGCAGAAAACUCAUGUGGAUAAACUUACAUGCUUCAUGAUGGAGGCGUCAUUUCGGCCCAGUUUCAUUGUGUGCAUGUAAGCAUAGACACUAUCAUUUCCCACACAUACAAAAAGCAUCAUUUGAGGCUCCUGAGUGGUGCAACCGUCUAGGCGUUGGCCCUAUUAUCAGGAGAUCAUAAGAUCCCUGGUGAUGCUCCAACCGUCUGUGGCUGGGGGUCCAGGAGAGCACAACGGGCCUCACUCUCUGGGUGGGUAUGAUGUUUCCCCCCAUCUCUCAGAGUGAUGCUGGCCAGUACAGGCGUCUGUUAGCUGAUGUAACAGAACUGCCAAUGUGUUUAGCUGUUUAAUGAUUACAAAGAUCUCGGAGGAAGCCUGUGCUAGCCCUCCUAGCGCUGGUGGUAUCGUGUUAUCGUGCAAGUCCUAACUAGUGGAUGGAAUUGGACACGACUAAAUUGUGGAGGAAACUGGAGAAAUGUUCCCAGUAAUAAAAAAGACCAUCAUUUAAACUAAAUAAUGCACAAUUUAGAUAUUGUCAGAAACUGAGUAGCGUGCUUUCAUUUCUCAUUAGCAUUUUUGCUAGCACUCUGCAAAGCUUCUCCAAGCUAGCAACAGAGCAUCUGUGAAGCAAGGAUACAUCAAUUCUAGCACCGUUUGCGGUGGAGUAAAUCUGGAAUUCAGUGUGAGAUAUUUCACUGGGUCAUUUAAGUUCAUCCGUCUUGCAUCGUUCAUAUCCCUCCACUGCGUAGACUGCACAAAUCUGCAGUACAUGCCUGUGCCUUUGCUGUAUUGUGAACUGGAUAUUGAUUGUACUACUGUACACGUCAGCAGGGCCUGCAAGAGGUACUCUAUUUAUUAUUGUUGACUUUAAAUCAAUCAUAUUUUUCUAUGUAGGGGACAAAAGUGCUUUAAAUAAAUUUGCCCUUUUUUUAAGACUGUC